UCGGCGGCGCCGCGGGGACCGGUGGCAGGUGUCCUCGACGUUCACGGAGCGGGCGCCGCGGUGUGGAGCGGGGCUGGGAGGAUGCCGCAGUAGAGCCGCCCUGGGCAGCGACGGCGGCCGCUGAGGAUGAACGGGGAGGACGAGUUCUUUGAUGCCGUCACAGGCUUUGACUCUGAUAACUCUUCGGGGGGUCUCUCAGAGACAAGCAAGGUCCCUGGAGUGAUUGACUUGGACCCCAGCAGAAGUAGUAGGAGUGGGAAGAGCGGGGAGAAUGGAAUUCACAAGCACAGGACGACACUGCCUGCCCCCAUGUUCACGAGAAGCGAUUUCAGCGUGUGGAGUAUACUGAAAAAGUGCAUUGGCCUGGAGCUGUCCAAGAUCACGAUGCCCAUCGCCUUCAACGAGCCCCUGAGCUUCCUCCAGCGGAUCACGGAGUACAUGGAGCACGUGUACCUCCUCCACCAAGCCUCGCGCCAGUCCCACACCCUGGAGAGGAUGCAGUCGGUAGCUGCUUUCGCAGUCUCGGCGGUGGCUUCUCAGUGGGAGAGGACUGGCAAACCGUUCAACCCGCUUUUGGGCGAGACGUAUGAGCUGAUCAGGGAAGAUUUAGGAUUCCGCUUUAUAUCGGAGCAGGUCAGUCACCACCCUCCCGUUAGCGCAUUUUACUCAGAAGGCCUCAACCAGGACUUCAUGUUCCACGGCUCCAUCUACCCGAAGCUGAAGUUCUGGGGCAAGAGUGUGGAGGCGGAGCCCCGGGGGACCAUCACGCUGGAGCUCCUCAGACACAGCGAAGCUUACACCUGGACCAACCCCACUUGCUGUGUGCACAACGUCAUCUUGGGCCAGCUGUGGAUCGAGCAGUACGGCACGGUGGAGAUCCUGAACCACAGAACUGGAGACAAGUGUGUCCUCAACUUCAAACCAUGCGGGCUGUUUGAGGAACUGCACCGAGUAGAGGGGCACAUUCAGGACAAAAAUAAGAAGAAGCUGUUUAUGAUCUACGAGUGGACGGAAUGCUUGUGGGGCAUAGAGCCUGCUUUGUACGAGUCCUUCAAGAAGCAGGAGAGGAGGGGCGACCACCCGCGGAAGGCCAGGCUGAACGAGGGCGCCGAGAGGGCGGGCAGCAGCGUGGACGGCGACGUGGCGGACGACGUGCCCGCGGCCCAGGAGACCGUGCCGGUCAUCCCCGGGAGCAAGCUGCUCUGGAGGAUCAACAGCCGGCCCCCCCACUCCGCCCAGAUGUACAACUUCACCAGCUUCACUGUGAGCCUCAACGAGCUGCCGGCGGGUAUGGAAAAGACGCUGCCGCCCACCGACUGCCGCCUGCGCCCCGACAUCCGCGGCAUGGAGAACGGCCACAUGGAUUUGGCCAGCCAGGAGAAGGAGCGGCUGGAGGAGAAGCAGCGAGAGGCCCGCAAGGAGCGCGCCAGAGAAGAGAGGGAGUGGAGGACCAGAUGGUUUUACCCCGGCGACAACCCCUACACCGGGACUCCCGACUGGCUGUACGCAGGGGAUUACUUUGAGCGGAAUUUCUCAGACUGUCCUGACAUCUACUGAGGGGCGCGGGCCUGCUGGGGGGUGACAGCGGAUCCUUCUUCCACCGAGGUGGGGGCCGAGGCCUCGUCCCCAUCAGGGCGUGGCUCCGGUGAACUGAUGACCCCGCUCUUCACCGGCUCACGGUCCCUCCCCGAGGCUCGCGGACCGGCGCGCGGGGCUGCGCUUGCCGCACAGGCGCCGCGAAGCGCGAGACUGAAGGAAGAAGCGGGAGGCUCUGCCCUGGAGGGUUCUGGAAGCCGGGCCGGAAUCCCCGACUGAAGAGGGCGUGGCUCUUGAAGGUGACCUGGGGGCGGGGAACCCAGGGCCCGGGAGUGAGCAGUGGUCAGAUUCUGUAUUUUUUCCAAUCCUGAGCAAUGUAAAGAUGACUUCUAAAGUAUUUAAGUUAAAGUGACUUGAAUGGUGUCUUGCUGGCGGGCAGAAAACGCCCUCGUCACGCGUGUCAUUGCACACGAAGGCGGCACCGCACCCAGCUCGGACGCCAGGCCCCCGGCGCCCCGCCCCGCCCUCCCGCAGGCCCGCCCGCCCGCCCGCGCCCGUCCCCGCGCCGUCUCUCCACUCACCUGGCCUCUGCCCCGCGGUCCUGUGUUCUGUGUCUCCGCAUGCGUGCUCGGGGCAGCCAAGUCCAGGCGGCCUGCGCUGCGGGAGGUCAGAGGUCAGGGCGGGCUCUGCUUCCCUGGUGUCAUUAAAGUCAUUAAGCACA